UCUGCCCCUCAUAGAGUUUGCGUUAGUUGUAAUAUUAUAUAUAUGAAAAUAUUUUGGAAGGUUUUCCCUCUUGGCCAUGAUAUGUGUGCACAGACGAUUGGUAUAUGGCUGUGGAUUGUGCCAAAGAAAUUUAAGGACAGCACUGGACAAGAGUUCACCGUGGUUCUUCUUGAUUCUGAGGGGAUCGACUCCCCAUUAGGCUUCAGUGACAACAGGAAUUUUACACUGAUUGUUUUGUUGUGUUCCAUUCUGAUCUAUAACUCUGCUGGUGUUGCAGGCAGAUCAGAUCUGGAAAAGCUUGAUUUCAUUGUCAAGUUGUCUGAGCGAAUUCAGCUUUAUACGUCAAAGAAAAAUCACCAAGAUGAAAAAGAUUUCUAUGAGGCAUUCCCGUAUUUCAUCUGGCUUUUGAGAGAUGUGAUUUUAAAAUUGCCGCCAAAUUGUUCCAACAUCAGAGAAUAUUUCACGAAAAAAGUAUUCAAUUGCAAAGAAGAAUCGAACACCGAAGAAUCAAGAUUGGCAUCUCAAAAAAUCUUACAGUAUUUCUCGGGCUUUGAUGCCUUUGAUAUUCCACCGCCCACUUGGGACACCGAGGUCAUGGAAGAUUUGGAUGGCAGAAAGAGUGAAGUUAAUCCACAAUUUCAUAAACAAUUCGAGCUUUUCAGAGCUUUCAUACAUACCAAACUGUCACCCAAAAAGGCAAUCAAAAAAGGAGAGUUUGUGACUGGUGAAGGACUAGCAGCACUAGUCCAGCUUUAUGUAGACGCUCUCAACACUCCGGGCGCUGUACCCAACGUAGAAGAGUCCUGGGAUACAUUUGCCAAUACCAAAUGUCGUGAAGUAUUGGAAGAUGCUUUGAGGAAAUACCAACAGGAAAUGACGUCAUUCGUGGAGAAUAUGAUGCCUUGCGAAGCCGAUGAGCUAAGAUCUGCGCAUGAACAAACCAUGGAAAAAUGUCUCGAAACGUUUAAAAAAGAGACAUGUUUCUUCUCUAUUGAUAGUGUGGCGCCGUAUUUGCAGGAAUUGACAGGGAAGACAGAUAUCCUAUUGUUUGGAUGGCUUCAAAUAAACAAACAAAGAACUGAAGAGAGCUGCAAAGCAUUAAUCAAAGAGCUUGAGAAAACAAUAUUGGAUCCAGUUCUUAGUCGCCUUGUAGGCCCUGAUGGAUCUCAGAUGGAUUUUAAUGAGCUCGUAGAGGCAUAUAAACUAAUUGAGCAGAGAUACAAAGAUGAAGGGCGUGGUGAUCUGGAAACUAAAGCGCUUGCUUUUGUGGAUAUGAAUUCAAGGCUAAAUGACGAAAUGACUAGAAACUGGGACAUCCUGGAAAAGCUAAAAAACUACGAUGCUUUGCUAGCAAAGGAAAAAACACAAAAAGCCAAAAUGGAACAGGAAAAACAAAGAGCCAAAGAAGAAAUGAAACGUCUGGAGAAAGAACAAAGAGACAGACAAAAAGAGCUAAAUAUGUUCUACAAGAAGCAAGAAGAGGAUAAAAUCAGAAUGCAAGAGAUGUAUACGAAAAGCUUGRAGGACCAAAGAGAACAGAUGAGAAAUAUGAUGGAGGCCAACUUUGAAGCUCAAAAAAAAGAAAGAGAAGAUGCUCUUGCACACCAAAAAACCAUCAUGGACGAUAAUGCUAAGAUGGUUAAAAAGAACUUCGAGCAAAGAGAUCAAGAAAUUAAACUUCUUAGAGAACAGAUGUCAGCAAAAGAGGCCCAGGCGAAAGAAGACCGAGAUAACAUGUCAAGAAUGUACCGAGAAGAAAUGGAAAAASWCAGGAAGGCAGCARAARAAAAUCUUGAAGAUGCCAUUAAAAGGAUCAAUGAAGAAAAUAAGGCUGAACAUGAGGCGAUGCGUAGACAGAUGGAAGAGGACAUGAAAAAAAGAGAACAGAUCAAGGACAGAGUGAAAAACGCGUCAUUGUGGCAACGCACUAAAUAUUGGUUCACUGGAAACCCAGACCACUUCUGGACUUGAAAUAAGCUGUCUACCAGUGGUAUCUUCAGUAUAAUUUACAAUUAGAUCUCGAGGGCGAGUGGACUACGAGUCGAUAGCCCAUUAGGCCGAAGGACGAAUGGGCUAUCAGCUCGUAGUCCACGAGGCCGAGAGAUCUAAUCGUUUUAGUAUUACUAUACUAGUUGGACAAAAAAUGAAUGAAUAUAUAAAUAACUAAAAUGUUUUUAUUGCUAAAUACGCAAAAAUUUGUCGGUUUUCGCUAGUCGAGGACUAUUGAAAAUAGCCAAUCAGAACGAAGGAUUUCUAAUAGCCCACUAGUAUGGUAAUACUAAUAUAUAAUAGAUCUCUAUCAGAAACUGAGAGACGCACGUAUUAAAAAAGAAGUAAAGUAGUCUUUCGACAAGAAAACACGUAGUUUCACGUUUCAGCUUGAACAAAUAGUAGUUCUGCUCGUAAUGGUGUCAAAUAGGGGAGAUUUGUGGACACUAGUUCAAAACCAUAACAACAAGAGUGUUCGACGGAGUCGAUCGUAGAUURGCUUUAGCUGUUUGAAAUCAUAACGCAGGAUAAACUGUGAAACAACUCAUUUUAUCAUAUAAUUAUCUAUGAAAUACCUAUAUUUCUCCAUUUCGUAAAGUUGAUAUUUUCACUAGUGAAAAUAACAAGUGGAAGUAAGAAAAAAGGUAUUUUACGACAUAAUUUGCUUUCUUGUGUAAUUAUAUGAUAAACAGAAUAUUACAUAGUCGAUUGGAGAUACGARUUUUCGCUAAGCUCACUCUCGUGAGAUACCUUUUCCUUAUCUCCGCGCGCCCAUGUGAUAUUCUCUAUGUAUAUCAGUUUGUGUAYACUAUACUAACUUGAUAAGCAAAUAAAAUAGAUUAUGUUUAUGUUGAA